AUGAGUGAAAAAGAGGUCGCCCCGGAGGGCGUCAAUGCGACUGAUGCCGAAUUGGCUCUUGAAAACAGUGCCAACGAUCGUGAUCUCCGGGCUCGAGAGAAAGCAUUGAUCUGGAAGCAAGAUCUUCAUAUCAUACCACUCAGCGCUGCGAUCUACCUUCUUUGCUAUCUGGAUCGGUCCAAUAUAGGGAACGCCAGAAUUAUGAACUCAGAGACUGGCAACGAUUUACUCACCGAGACUAAUAUGUCCUCAUACGAGUAUACUAUUGCAUUGAUGGUCUUCCUAAUCGCCUACGCCCUCUUCGAGGUACCCUCAAACUACUUUUUAAAGAAACUCAAACCCAGCCGGUGGAUCGCCUUCUUAAUGCUAUCAUGGGGCGCGGUCACAAUGGGCCUAGGAGGAGCUCACAACUACGCGCAAGUUACAGGUCUUCGCUUUCUUCUUGGAGUCCUGGAAGCCGGCCUCUUCCCCGGACUUGUCUACUUCCUUACCUUCUGGUACCGCACCUCGGAGCGUUCGAUUAGAGUUGCUCUGAUUUUGGCGUCUGCGACGCUGGCGGGUGCCUUUGGUGGCGCUAUAGCUUAUGGCGUAGGACACAUGAACCAAGCCCAAGGCCUGUCAGCGUGGCGCUGGCUGUUUAUCAUCGAGGGCGCGCCAUCCUUGGCCUCCGCUGUUCUGGUCUGGUUUAUUCUCCCGGACUACCCCGAGACUGCAAGCUGGCUUUCGGCGGAGGAGAAGGCUCUUGCGGCAGAGCGACUCGCAAUCGAGGGGUCAAAGGGUGCUGCAAAGGCGAUGACAUGGGAGGAUGCCAGAGAAGUUCUACUUGACUGGCGCUUAUAUGCCCACUACCUUGUUUACUUCGGGAUAUCUGCGCCAUUCUCCAGCCUCUCUCUCUUCACCCCGGCAAUUACCAGCGGUCUCGGGUAUACCAGUCUCAAGGCACAACUCAUGACAGUGCCUCCCUGGGCGGUCUCUCGCGGCCUUCACUCCGCAAUCUUCUCCUUCAUCGGCGCAAUGGGCUUCCUUGCCUCCGCUGUUCUACCGGCAGACGCAUAUCUCCACCGCUACGGCUGCCUAAUCGUUGCAACAAGCGGCUCCUUCGCCUGCAUUCCGCCACUACUCGGCUGGCUCUCAUCCAACAUACGGUCGACAGCCGGAACAGGCCUCGCCAUCGCCCUAAACGUCUCCUUCGGCGCACCAGGGCAGAUUGUCGGCGUGUGGAUCUAUAAAUCAAAUGAGGCGGAGAGGGGCUAUCCGACGGGCCAUUGGACGAAUGCGGCGCUGCUGCUGCUGGUUACGGUGGGGUGUUUGGCGUUGCGGGCGUAUUAUGGGUGGAGGAACAAGAGGUUAAGGGCUGCUGGAAGGGGCACUGCGGAGAGGUUUGCUUAUUGA